ACACAGUAUACGUUCACAUUCCAAGAGAGCAGAUCUCAAACAAUCGAUAUUCCUACCGACUCCCACAUCAAAAAGCCGAUAAGAUCAUCAUGUCCGGCAAACGACUUGGUAGUAUGGUGUCCUCCGCCAGUGUAAUGCAUUCGAGUGCAUCGAUCUCAAGCAGGGCUAAAAAAUCGAAAAAGCCCAAACUGCCGACCUUUGACCUGUCGCUAAGCCAGAAGGUGGACAUUAAGAAAGCCUUCGAUUUGUUCGACACCCAGUGCACGGGCUUUAUCGAAACCAAGGAGCUUCGCGUGGCCAUUCGUGCCCUGGGAUUCGAGCCGAAGAAAGAGGAUAUAAAGCGUAUGAUGGACGAAAUCGAUAAGGACAAGACGGGAAGGAUUGCCUUUAACGAUUUUCUAUAUCUGAUGCGCCUGAAGAUGGCGGAAAAGGACUCUAAUCAGGAUAUGAUGAAGGCCUUUUCCUUCUUCGAUGACGAUCGCACCGGCGGCAUAUCCUUCCUCAACUUGAAACGCGUGGCCAAGGAGCUGGGCGAACAGCUCACCGACGAGGAACUGCAGGAGAUGAUCGACGAAGCCAACGUUUCCGGUGAUGGUGAGGUUAGCAAGGAGGAGUUUCUCAACCUUAUCAAGAAAACCAAUCUCAUCUAGUUGCAUUACGUUUAAAUUUAUUCCGCAAUUCAUUUGUGUAAACGGGAAACGACGUUGUAUAUAACCCAUAUAGAUUUACUCAUUUUUCAGACAGACACAUCAAUCUGACUCGAAACCCAUUACAGUGAAGAAGUUUGGAUAUGCUUCGGUUCAAUAAAGCUUCGCAUUGAAUU